AUGUUAACACAAUGCGUGUUUGAGUCUGUGGUGCAGCUACAGUUUAAUGACGAAGAAAAAUAGGUUAUGUAGUUAUUUUACAAAUAUUAAACCACAUGUAAUUCAUUUUUUAAAAAUGGGACGUAAACACAAUAAAUUUAGGAAAAACCACCAUUUUAAUCACAUAAAGAAGGGCCAGAAUGAACCAAGUAAUCAAGAGAAUACUAUUACUAGACCACUUUAUAAUGACAUUAUCAGAGAAAAUGAAAAAUUUUGCCAAUAUUAUAAAACUCUUGGGGUAUGCAAAAAAGAAGAAUUUGAUGAAUUCAUAUCUUAUAUGAAAACUGAUCUACCGGCUACCUUUAGAAUAACAGGAUCUAAAGGAGUAGCGAAUAAAUUGUUAGAAAUUGUUCAAGAUCAGCUAAUCAAAGAGUGUGUAAACCAAGCUGAUGGAACAGAUAAACCUUCCAUCUUUCCAAUUCCAUGGUAUCCUAAUAACCUCGCUUGGCAAAUGGAACUUACAAGAAAAGAUAUAAGAAGGUGUGAAGCUUAUUAUAAACUUCACAACUUUUUGAUUACCGAAACAGAAAAUGGGACCAUAUCAAGACAAGAAACAGUCAGUAUGAUCCCUCCGCUGGUUUUAGAUGUUCAACCUCAUCAUAAGGUGCUAGAUAUGUGUGCUGCUCCAGGGUCAAAAACAGCACAACUAUUAGAACUGUUGCAUGCAAAUGAAGAUCCAAUACCAUCCGGCUAUGUAAUUGCCAAUGAUAUUGAUAAUAAACGUUGUUAUAUGUUAGUUCAUCAAGCAAAAAGGUUAAAUUCACCGUGUGUUGCUAUUAUCAAUCAUGACAGUGCCAUUUUACCAAAUUUGCUAACCACUGCAGCAGAUGGAUCCACAGAACAGGUGCAAUUUGACAGAAUCUUAUGCGAUGUGCCAUGUUCCGGAGAUGGUACAUUGAGAAAAAAUCCUGAUAUAUGGAUGAAAUGGACAGCAGCAAAUGGUCUAAACUUACAUGGAGUACAAACAAGAAUACUAAAAAGAGGCAUCGAUUUAUUAGCUGUCGGUGGAAAAUUGGUAUAUUCCACUUGUUCUAUUAAUCCAAUUGAAAAUGAAUCUGUAAUUCACAGGAUUUUGUCGAUGUACGAAAACGUUUUAGAGCUUGUUGACGUAUCUAAUGUCUUACCAGGCCUCAAGUACUCGCUAGGUAUGGAAGAAUGGUUAGUAUCAAGUAGAAAUUUGGAAUUUUAUAAGACGUUUGAGGAAGUUGAUGAAAAAUGGAGAACUACUAUUAGACCACAAAUGUUUCCUCCAAAACCCGAAGAUAGAGACAAAUACAAAUUGAAUAGAUGCAUUCGAAUCCUACCCCAUCAUCAGAACACUGGUGCAUUCUUUGUAGCUGUCUUAAAAAAACUGAAACCCCUUACAUCGAAAGAAAAAAUGUGUGAAGUGAAAGAACAAGCUGAUGAUAUCCAAGAAUCUAAAAAGCGUGCAAAUGAAAUGAAUUUUCCACCAAAUUCAAGAAAGAAACGGAAGAAAGACGUCUACAAAGAGGAUCCAUUCGUUUUUUUCUCCGAUGACGAACAAGUUUGGAAUGAUAUUAAAAAUUUCUAUCAGAUAUCAGAUAAUUUUGAUUCAAGGUGCCUUUUAACAAGAUGUCGUGUAGGAAAAAAGAAGAAUAUCUAUUUAACGUCUGAUGCUGUUCGAAAUUUAGUUGUAUCUAACCAAGGAAACGUCAAAUUUAUUAAUACUGGAAUUAAAGCCUUCGUUAGAUGUGAUAAUAAAAAUAUGAAAUGUGCUUUUAGGAUAGCAAAUGAUGGUUUGGAAAGUAUUUAUCCCUAUAUUGGAGACAGUAGGAAAGUUUAUAUACCAAAAGAUGAUUUAAUUACGUUGUUAAUGAAUGAUAAUCCUCAGCGAUCUCCACCUAUAGUAGACUUGUCGGAACAAAUACAAAAACAAGUUGAAAAUUUGAGUCCAGGCAGUUGUGUCCUUAUUUACAAAGAUGAAUCAAAUUCGAGUGAAAAUCCUUUGGUAAUACAUAUAAGCGGUUGGAGAGGAACUACAUCAUCAAGGUGUUACAUGGACAGGCAUAGUACUGUUCAUUUACUAAGAUUGCUUGGUGGAGAUAUUUCUAAGUAUGAUGUGAACAAAUUCAAAAAGACAAGUCAAAACUCGAAAGUAGAUAAUGAAAUUGAUGAAGUUCAAAAUGAAUUGUCACAGAAAAGUGAAGAUGAAGAAGAAAAAGGAGCAACAUAACCCAUUUAAUACUUAAAAUGUAUUUUUAGAAAUAAAUGUAUCACAAAAA